CUUCUCUAUCCAUUUUCUUCCAUUUGUAUUUCAUCAAAGCUUUUUCCUUUUUAGUGUAGUUUUUUUUUUUCUCGGCAUAUCGGUUUCUCAUUUUCCUCCAGUUUCCGCCGCGGCGCCGCCGCCCACCGGGGAAUGAGACCUCCGUUGAGAAAAUCCGGCGAAACAAACUAUGUCGAAUCUUCCGGCUGAGCUUUCCGAUGUCUGCCUCACCUUCUUCCGCCUGGCCAUGGCCGUCGCCGAUCCAUGGCCGUUUCCUUAAAACCAUCCACGUUUUUCCUUAACCGAAAAACACGACUUUAGCUUUUUUUUUUACCUUUUGACGCUUUUAAAGUGAAGAAGAAGAAGAAAGGCAAUAAUCAUGGGAAGAGAAUUGAGAUUGAAAAUCAAACUCCGCGUCGACACACUUUUCCGGCGAGCGUUCAGCCGGAAAGUCUCGCCGGCGGAGAUCUACGGCGGGAUAGAUCUCGCCGCGACUGCUCCGGCGAAAAAGCCAUGCUCGAGACUGGUCAAGUGGACACGUGCCAUUAAGACGAAGGCGAAGAGGAUCCUAUUCGGUGGCGAUUCGGGUUCGGGUCUGGGUCUGAAUCCGAUUCCGAGAGGUUACGUGGCGGUGUGGGUGGGGCAAACCGCCGGCGAGCGGGUGCGGGUUCUGGUGCCGGUGGUGCACUUGAACCAUCCGUGGUUUGGAGAUCUGUUGAAGAAGUCGGAGAUGGAAUUUGGAUUUGAGCACGACGGCGGGAUCAUCUUUCCCUGCCGGCUGUCGGAAUUUGAGCGAUUGCAGCACCGGAUUGCGGCGGCGAUACAGUGCCGGCGACGGAAGCUGCUGCCGUGGAAGAGAAAUACGAGUUUUAGGAGUUGUUGA